UACAUUCACCGAGAAACCAAAUACUGAAAAUCGUGAUUAUGGAUAUAAUAUGUGCUUAAUAAUAUAUAAUUAAAUAUGCAAGCGGAAUAUACUCUUGUAAAUUAAUAGUUUUUACAUGGGAUGGGAUCUGCCUUCAGUUCGGGAAACAAGGCGGGCCGUUCUCAGACAUCGCAACCUAGAAGACCACCACCGGCCACCACACGGGGCACAGAAGGUCGACAACUUCGGGGUGAAAACAGACACGUUCAUUAUGAGGACGAGCGAUCGCGGACUCGUUUAAGGACGCUGCCUGCGCCACAAGCUAUCAACCCUUGGAUGGAGGCAGGAUACGCCCACCCUUUCUCAAUCCCUGAGCGUGAUGCUCCCGUGUCGCAAGCGACGACCAACCCCCGCAUACAGCCGCCUCCAUACCACGAAAUACACCCGGAGCGCAGCUUACCACAGCCAUCGACCUUCCGAAACCCCACCACAACUGCAGUCCCUUAUCAAAAUCAUGUUCCGUCAGUCGCGCCUACCUCGCGCUCUCCGCCGCUCGUUUACCAACCUUUACAGGGUACAUCACUUUCGGCGCGCCUACCAGGCUCUCAAGAAGGAUCGGUGGCCCACGCGUCCCCGGAUGUCAGACCAGACACACCACACGUGAGCCCCAUUCCGGAAGCGAUUCAGCCUUAUGAGAAUGAUGUAGAGAGUGAGCCUCAGUCACCGGUUGGGCAUCAAACACCGGAAGAUAUCCAGCAGGGAGCCGGAACACCGGACGUGUCUCAACAAGAACUGAAUUCGACACCUCCUCUAGCGGCAUCCAACACUGUGUGGGUAAAACCUCAGCCACAGAACGAGCCCAAGAAAACUGCUGUAAAAGCUGAAGAUUACGAGGUCAUGAGUCUAUUAGGCAAUAACAAGUCACCAAGAAGUAAAUGGUUCAAGGACAAGCAAGUCAUCAAUAAGACUCUGGAGGAACAUCUUGGCGCCAAUCUGCAGUUUUACCGCAACAAGGUCCGGUUCCGACCGCACGGCGACUACAUAGACGACAUCCACAUGUACUGGCUUGGCCACUACGAUCUGCUUGCCGAACUGGACACGUACAUUCAAUGGUUGUUCCCGAUCUCGGACAAGAGUCGCGUCAAUCCGUUCUCGGAGCCGCUGAAACAACGGGAAGCUGAGCAAAUCUAUGAGACGUCCGAAACCCGGCGGCGAGUUGUGCGCUCGUAUCGUCUGAUGCUGGACUUCUACGGACUGGCUCUGGCAAACGAGACUUCCGGUCAGCUGACCAGGGCUAGCCACUGGAGGGAUAGAUUCUUCCAUCUGAAAAGAUCCAGUCGGGAGCACUCUCGUCUAACACGCAUCAUCAAAAGCCUUGGGGAGCUAGGUUUCACCUUCUACCAAGCGCCUUUAGUUCUACAUCUUCUACACGAAACGCUUGAGACAAAGGAAUUGGCUGGAAUAAGUCCGUCCUGCAUCCAUCACUGGAUUCGCGCCAUUUUGUAUCGCUUUGAGAGGGAAUUUGUGAUCCGGCAGUUCCGGGAAAGGAUUCGGGAAUAUGAGCUUGACAGUAAAAACAUCUAUAAGGACAAACAUAGCGACAACACUCGCUAUUACACACUUGUGAGAAAAAAACUAUAAUAGGCGGAAUUGCAGAAGCAUAUGACGACAGGUCUUCUGCUAUUUAGCAGUUUAGCCUCAAAAUUAAAACAUGCUGUUUAAGAAUUGGAUUUAUUACUUCAAAUAACGCAGGUAUUUGAAAUGUGAUGACGGAUUUGUAAAUAAAAGUUGAAAUACAA